GCAGAUUACCACCUGCCCUGUUGGAACCUUCCUCUUCCGCCUGGUUACGGUUCUUUCUUCACUUCGCGCAAAUCGGAUCUGCUUCCACAAUGGGUGACUCCUUUAUCAUAGCCAUAGACUUUGGCACAACAUACAGUGGAUAUGCUUUCAGUAUAAAAAGCAGAGAAGAAGAAAUUGAACCAAGAUUGAAGUUCUGGGGUGAAGAAUUUGGGCUGGAAACCCCAAAGGCUCCUACCUGCAUCCUGUUUGAUGAACAAGAACAAUUUAUCAGCUUUGGUUACAAAGCUAAAGAAUCUUAUAUUUCAAAGAAGAGAGAAAAAGCCAAAGAGAUGUUCUUCUUUGAUUGCUUCAAGAUGUCGCUCUACAGCAAAAAACUUAACAGAGAUCUGCAGAUUAAAGCAGCCAAUGGAAAGUCAAUGAAGGCACUAAAGAUUUUUACAGAAGCUCUGAGAUUCCUGAAGGAUGAUGCUCUGAAGACCAUCAGUGACAUUACAGCAAAAAAGUUUACUGUUUCUGAAUUCACCUGGGUGCUGACAGUUCCUGCUAUCUGGGAUCCUUCAGCUAAACAGUUCAUGAGAGAAGCUGCAAUGGAGGCCGGUAUCAUAACUGAAGGUACUGAAGACAAACUGGUGAUGGCACUGGAACCAGAAGCAGCUUCAAUCUGGUGUAAGAAGCUUCCAGUUGAGGGUUUCAUUUCAGAACACCAGGAAGAAAACAAAAUAGCUGAAUCUCCUGGAACUCGGUACAUUGUUGUUGACUGUGGAGGAGGAACUAUUGACAUCACUGUUCAUGAAAUCCUGGAAGGAGGAGCCAUAAAGGAGCUUCUCAAGGCCUCUGGAAAUGACCUGGGAGGACAAACUGUGGACAGAAAAUUCAAAGAGUUUCUCAGAGAAAUAUUCUCUGAUGGAGUCUGGGAUGAAUAUGAAAGAAAUUAUCCCAGUGAGGUUCAGAAAAUGAUGUAUGAUUUCACACUUUUCAAGAAACAAGAUGACGAUGCAGAGAUUGAUUGUCCUUAUAACCUUGGAGAAAUUGCUAAGGAAAAGAAAUCAAUGGAGGACUUCUUUAAAGGAGUUCAAGGAGCCUCCUGGGAUGAUGGAUCUAUUGUCAUCUCUAAACAGAAGCUGAGGGAGUUUUUCACUGAGAGUCUAGAGGGCAUCACUCAGAGUCUCAAAGAAAUCUUGACCAAAGGUCUAAAAAUUGAAUAUAUUUUGUUAGUGGGGGGCUAUGCCGAAAGCCAGAUUUUGCAGACACAUAUUAAGGAAGAAUUCAUCGAUGAUUGUCAGGUUUUGUGUCCAUUGAGGUCACAAGAAGCAAUUAUGAAAGGAGCUGUACAGUUUGGUAGAAAUCCUUCAGCAGUGGCAUCUAGAAAAAGUGCUUUCACAUAUGGAGUUGCGGUUAUGGAGAGAUUUGAUAUGUUAAAGCACAAGGAAGACAAGAAAUUUACAAAUGAAGAAGGAGUUUGGUGUAAUGAUGUCUUCUUGACACUGGUCAAAGCUAAUGAGGAUGUUGGUUGGGAUGAAAUUAAAACUGAGAUUCUGAAUCCAAUGGAACCGGAUCAAAAGGUGGUAAGCUUUACCUUUUAUCACACAGAGAAAAAAUAUGUAACAUAUGUGGAUGAGGAAGGAGUGGAAGAAAUUGGCUCAUUUCAGGUUGAGUCUCCUGACACAACAUUUGGAACGAAUCGUGAGAUCGAACUGAAAAUAAAGUUUGGCUUCACAGAAAUGACAGCAACAGCCACUGACAAGGAGACAGGCUCAACAAAAGCAGCCAUGUUAAACUUCAUAAGGAAAUAAUGAACAUGCUUCACAGAC